CACCUUCAGCUGGCACCUUGCAGGGGAGGGGCCCAGGCCAUCACUCGCCAGGAUUUCGGCCAUUCUCUGCGCAGACGCCAUCGCACUGGCCCUCUAGGGCUCUGCAACAACCACACACCCUGAUCCCACCACCUAGAUACUUAAGAACUGCACAGGGGAAACUGAGGCACCCACACAGUAUUCAGAGAAAACAUUAAGAACAUUCCCAGUUCGUCACACCGCCUCUUCUGCCUCUGACAUCACUUCCUGUUCUACACCUACUCCUCUCCUUAGAUCCCAGUUCUGUUUGUGACAUCAUUUCCUGUGUUGCAGCCAAACCUUUUAACCCCCUCUUCUGCCUACGAUGUCAUUUCCUCUCCGCCCAGGAACACUCUGCCCCUCUGGCUCUGUGAUGUCACCGGGGCGAUGAGGUCACAGCGGGGCCGGGGAUCCGUGGCCAUGUCCUGCUCCCUCCUGCUCCUCCUGCUGCUGCUGCGCCCCCGGGGGGCGGGCAGCUGCCUGCACUGCGACCGGCCCUUCCUGCGGGGGCUGGGGGUGCUGCUGGGGGAGGCGGUGCCCUCUGAAGUGCCCAACCGGGACGCCCUAAUUCAGCGCCAGGUCGAGGCCUUUGAGCGCCUCUACAGCACCCACCUGCCAGAGAAACACCACCGGGUGCUGGAUGUCCGCAGGAUGCUGGCUGUGAAAGCUGCUCUGAGCGGCUGGCUGAGGGCUCUCAAGGAGACGCCCUGGAAAGGGGUUCACCUGCUGCAGCUGACGCUGGCCCAGCACCGCGAGUCCCUGCGAACCCGCCUCCGAGAGGCCCUGGAGAGCUUCGCCGACGUGGCCUGCUCCGAGGACUGCAGUGAGUGUGGCCCCCCGGCGCCGACCCACAACCCCCUGCCAGGCGGGGUCUCCCUGGGGGUCCCUGACCUGGUCCCCCCUUUCCACAUCCCAGCGGUUUCGGAGGGGCCAGUUCUCGACUGCUGGACCUGCCUUCGGAUCAAUGCCCAGUGCUUCGACGGGGAGCUCUGCGGAGAGGAGGACCCACGGGACGCGGAGAGGAAGGAAAUCACCCUCUAUCUCUUCCUGGUCUGCCAGUCCGUGCUCCUGGCCUCGGCCGCACUGCUGUACUGCGUGUGCUGCCGUCACCGCAGGUGGCUGGAGGACAGGGCCUGGGCCGGACCGGGCACGUGGCUGUGCUAGCCAGGUGAGGGACUGAGAAGGGGGCAGCGGGACCCGGACCCCCAGCCCGAGGGGGGCAGCAGGACCCAGCCCCUCCCCCACCUGGGCAUGCCAGGCCCCACGGCUUCCCCAGUGUAAGCCUGGAAAUAAAAUACUGGU